UAGCAGCAGCGGUAGUCUCGGAGGCCAAGGGCGGGGAGCGUGCGUGCGCGGGUCGUCGGCUGCUCUACCUGUACACGUUGUAACUGAUAAAAUUCAUGAGGUGGACCAGCGCCAAAGAACGUCGCCGAAGUACGUCACCGGAAAGUGGUCAUGACGUCAGAGCAGCAAGCGGGCGAGGGCGCUGGUGCGCCCCCACCCGUCCCUUCCUCCUCACCCGAUGACGUCACUGCCUCCCGCGAAGUCGGCACUUUCUUCUCAGUCAUGGAGUCCAGCUUCGUCCAAAUUAAGGAACCAUCCGAGUCUAGCAUCGAAACUGCCCAUUUCCUGGCGUGCUGCCGAUCCGUGCUUCCCGUGUUCAACGUCCUCGGGGGAAGGGUCUUCGCUCCCAUCAAGGCCGACAUCCAGGGGAACAUAGACAAACUCAACGAAAAGUACAACACGGACAAGGACGGCUUUGCCCGGUUGAUGGCGAUGCUACAGAAGGAAGUCGAUGAAGGCAGGAACGCCACCUCCGGCCGAGCCCUCGAAGCCCUCCUUUGGCUCAAGAGGGCACUGGAGUUCAUCCUCAACUUCCUCUCCGAGAUCCACGGGGGCAACGAAAACCUGGCCGACUGCGCCACCAAGGCGUACAACGGGACCCUGAAGCAGUACCACAACUGGCUUGUUCAGAAGGUGUUUGCCCUUGCUGUCCAUGCAAUGCCCUCGUUGAGGACCUUCAAGCGCGAGCUCGCGCCCAGCCCGAAGGAUGCGUCACAUCCAUACUACGCGAAACAGCUCCACGCAGACUGUGGAGAGUAUGUGGUAGCGCUCCGUUCGGUUCUGGAGACCAUCAACCAAUAUUACAAGAAUCGGAAUCUGGAACCAACUCCGUGAUGUGGCCUUUUCUAGGAUGCAUGCCUUAGGAUGACUUGUUACUGAAGUCCGUGUGGUCGCAAGCACCAAAAUCCCGAACCCGGUCCAGUAAUAGCGGUCUCCCAGACACGUGCCUUACAAUGACUUCGAACAGAAGUCGUUGCGGUUUUGCACAUUUAUACUUUUAAGACUGUUUACUAGACAUAGCUUAAAUCUACAUCGAAUAUGAUGCCCAACGUUUUAAGGCUGUGAUUUUACAACACGCAUACAAGUGCAAAUGCUAUCUUUUUAUACUGAUUUACGUUGAUGCACGCUGCAGAUGCAGUACCUGGGUUCAUGAGUUGCAUAUGAUCUUACAGAUACAAAGCACUUUUUAAAUAGCUUCACUGCAAGUGCAGACAGUUCAUACAUGUCCAAAUGUGCCUUUAUCUUCUGUAGCUCUCUACAAGUCGCACUUUUACUUGAGCAUGUUGAGUGUAGCAAAUCUGUGCUUAAUUUAUGUGGACAAGAUGAAAGAUGUUUUAUCCUAAUGCAGAUAUCUAUUUUACUGUUCAAUGCCUCACUUCUGAUGCCUUGCUAAACGAAACGAGCUGAAAUGGACACCCAUCUUCCUUAUCACUGUGUGCAAUCUCAACACGAUAUUUUAUGUAUUAGUGCUAUGUAUGUACAAUGACUUAUAAAUCAUGGAAUGCGCUUAAAAUGUUAUUUGUUGUGUUUUGUUAAUUUUUGACAAAUAAAGCUAUUUACAGUGUUGCUUA